AUGGCAGCAUCAGUCUCAACCUGUGGCAUCGCCACGCCCCCUUCAAGACCCUCAAGAGUACCCAGCACUCUGGGCUCAAAACCUUCGCGUAUGCAUGAUCCAGAUAUCAUCAUCAACGCACUCAAGGACGUUGUCCUACCGGCUGUUGCCUUGUCGGCACAGCACGUGGAGAAUGCCCAAGUCCCAUCCCCUGACCCGGAGCCAGAAGACAUGUACAUCGGCUCAAUAGACCAGGGUACCACGUCUUCGCGCUUCAUCAUCUUCAACCGUGCCGGCGAGCCCGUCGAGGCGCACCAGAUUGAGUUUGAGAACCGCUAUCCAAACUCGGGCUGGCACGAGCAUGACCCAAUGGAGUUGCUCUCCAGCGUUGAGGAGUGCAUAGAAGAGGCCAUGAUCAAGUUCACCGCGACGAGGCCAGGUGCCAAGGUUCACUCGGUUGGCAUCACAAACCAGAGGGAAACGACGGUGGUCUGGGAUACGGAGACGGGCGAGCCGCUGUACAACGCUGUAGUGUGGCCCGACACCCGCACCUCGCCCAUCGUUCAUGAACUGCGGCAAAAGCCGGGUGCAGAGGAUCUGCUGGACCUGUGCGGCUUGCCUCUGUCAACCUACCCGUCCUCUGUCAAGCUCAUGUGGUUAUUGCGGAACGUAGACACCGUCAAGGCUGCUUAUGACGCCGGCCGACUCGCCUUUGGCACGGUUGACUCGUGGCUCAUCUACCGUCUGACUGGUAAAUCGGUGCACGUAACUGAUGGUUCCAACGCCAGCCGCACCAUGUUUAUGAACCUGCGCAGCAUGUCCUAUGACGAAAAGCUGCUGUCGUUCUUCGAGAUUGACGCCACCAAGAUCCGCCUCCCUGAGAUUGUGCCCUCGGCACACCCCACUGCCUUUGGAAAAUUUGCCUCGGGUCCCCUCAAGGACGUCAGGAUAGCAGGCUGCCUGGGCGACCAGUCCAGCGCCCUGGUGGGCCAGCGCGCCUUCGCCUCGGGCCAGGCCAAGAACACUUACGGCACGGGCUGCUUCCUGCUGUAUAACGUCGGCCCGGAGCCCGUCAUCUCAAAGGCUGGCCUGCUGGCCACGGUAGCCUACGACUUUGGCGAGGAGCUGGGCGGCCGCGCCUACGCCCUCGAGGGCAGCAUCGCCGUUGCCGGCAGUGGCGUUAAGUUCCUGUCCAACAACCUGGGCUUCGCACCGAGCAGCGGCGAGAUUACGGAUCUGGCCGGCAGCGUCGACGACAACGGCGGCGUGGUCUUUGUGACUGCUUUCAGUGGCCUCUUUGCGCCUUACUGGAUCGACGAUGCCAAGGGAACACUCUUUGGACUCACGCAGCACACACAAAAGGGCCACAUCGCGCGCGCAACUCUCGAGGCGACGUGCUACCAGACCAAGGCGAUCCUGGACGCCAUGGAACGUGACAGCGGGCGCAAGCUUGAGCGCCUGGCCGUCGACGGCGGCAUGUCCAACUCGGACCUGUGCAUGCAGACCCAGGCCGACGUCGGCAACAUCCCCGUUGACCGGCCCGAGAUGCGCGAGACCACGGCCCUGGGCGCCGCCAUCGCCGCCGGCUUGGCCACGGGCGUAUGGAAGAACAUCUCAGAGGUCCUCGAGGUCGGCGGCCGCAAUAGGUCCCAGUUCCUACCGUCUCCCGAUCGCGCCAAGGCUCAAAGGAUGUUCAAGAAGUGGGAGCAGGCCGUCGAGAUGAGUAGGGGGUGGUUGAGGGAAGGUGAAGAAUAA